AUGUCGCUGACCAAUGCUUCGCCCGCCGAUGCGGCCAAGGCGGCCAAGAGCGCCUCCCACAUCCUGGCGACACUGCCGGCAUCGGCGCGGAAUGACGCUCUCACGGCCAUCCACGCCGGGCUCACAGCGGCGCGCGACGAGAUCCUGGCCGCCAACGCCCGGGACCUGGAGCUCGCGCGGAAGGCUGCGUCCAGCGGCGAGCUGAGCCAGAGCCUGGUGGCGCGCCUGGAUCUGAACAAGAAGGGCAAGUGGGAGGACAUGCUGAAGGGCAUACUGGACGUCCAGGACCUCGAUGACCCUGUCGGCAAGGUCACGCUCCGGACAAAGCUGGAUGACAACCUGGAAUUGGAACGAGUCACUUGUCCCAUUGGCGUUCUGUUGAUCAUUUUCGAGGCGCGGCCAGAAGUCAUUGCCAACAUUGCCUCAUUGGCCGUCAAGUCGGGCAAUGCGGCAAUCUUGAAGGGUGGAAAAGAGUCGACAGAGUCCUUCGUUGCCAUUUCCAAGGUCAUCUCAGAAGCGCUGGACAAGACGCAAGUACCAAAUGGCGCCGUCCAGCUCGUCACGACCAGGGAUGUUAUCCCGCAACUGCUUGACCUAGACAAGUACAUUGAUCUUGUCAUUCCUCGGGGAGGAAACGAGCUGGUGCGGUACAUCAAGUCAUCGACCAAGAUUCCCGUCCUGGGUCACGCCGAUGGCCUCUGCUCGAUCUUUUUGGAGCAAUCUGCCAAGCCAAAGCUGGCGGCAGAUGUCAUCGUUGACUCAAAGACCAGCUACCCUGCCGCUUGCAACAGUCUGGAGACCCUGUUGGUUCAGGAGUCUGCCCUAGAAACACUACUGCCCGUUGCCGCCGAGGCUCUUAUCGCGAAGGGUGUCACGUUGCGAUGUGACGCGAAGAGCAAGGCAGCGCUGGCAAACAAGCUCUCAGCCUCCAGCUCUGAGAAGUUGGUAGAUGCUCAAGAUGCCGACUUCGACACCGAGUUCCUCUCGCUGGAUCUUGCCGUCAAGACCGUGAGCGACAUCGACGAGGCCAUCGUGCACAUCAACACCCACGGGUCCAAGCACACAGACGCCAUCAUGACGUCGUCAUCCGAGCUCGCCGAGCGCUUCAUGGCCAGCGUUGACGCAGCCGGUGUUUACUGGAACGCACCGACUCGCCUGGCCGACGGUAUGCGCUACGGCUUUGGCACCGAGGUCGGCAUCAGCACCAACAAGAUCCACUCGCGUGGCCCCGUUGGCCUGGAGGGCCUGAUGAUCUACAAGUACAAGAUCCGGGGCGCUGGUCAGGUGACGGCCGCGUAUGGUGAGGGUGAGGGCCAGAAGAGGUUCAAGCAUGAGAGGCUCCCUCUCUAA